AUGUACCGAAUAGUACUUUUCGUGUCCACGUGCAUGGGUAUUUCGUCUGCAGCGCCGCAACAGAGUAGUAUAGAGACUGUUGCCGAAGUGAAACCUACCACGUUUGACUUGCCGUUCUCUAUCUACGACUCGCCUGCCGCUUCGAUUGAAGAGCCUAGUGUCAUUAGUGAAGUCGGACAGUACACGGGUUCGGACGAUUACGCAUACGAAAUCACAACUGAGAAUCGCGACGCAGAACUGGCGAGGUACGGUGACGUCACCGCGACGGAAAAUUACGACACAGUCACCGGAAUCCCAUUGGAAUACGACUACGGGACCGACAAGAAGAAGUUCUACUCCAAACUCGGCUACUUCCUUAAGCCACAGCUCGUAGCGGACAGUUUGAGCGACAUUUACGACCCAACGAGAUACGUCGGAGUAACUAACAAAGAUGAAGAGAAAUUGAAUGCUGUUGAAAUCCAACCGACUACGACGAGGCUCGACAAUGAGAGUCACAUAAACGAUACAGUUCAAUUUAUCGAUGAUAAAAUAAACAACGUUGCGAUCACAUCAAGUAGCGUCCAAACUACACAGAGUAGCGUCGAAAUCAAACCGAGUAUCGUCGAAAUCAAGCCAAGUAACGUCGACAUUGUAAAGAAUAGCGUAGAAGUUGAACCUUAUAGCGUCGAGAUUGACAAGGGUAGCGUCGAAAUAAAACCCAAUAGCAUAGAAUUCAAACCAAAAAGAUACGGGUUCAAACCUAAUCGUGCCAACAUCGGUAAGAAGGAGAAUUCGAGGAGGACAGUUCAAAAGUCGUUAGGUAGAAAAUUCCGAUCUAAAUGUCGAUGCGAAAAGAUCUGGAACUGUCCCAAGUUGCAGAUAUCGGUUCCCAGAUGUCCCGACGAAUACUUUCUGUGUUGUUUC